AUGUUCCCAAUCUCCAUAUUUCUUUCUCUUACUUUAUCUCCAUUUUGUUCUCUGUCUCUCUUUCUCUACCCCUUUCUAUCUAUCUCUGCCUUUUUCAUCUCUCUCUCUCUCUCACUCUUUUUCAUUUUCUCUCUUUCUCUUUCUCGCUUUCUCCUUCUCUCUCUCUCUCUCUCUCUCUCUCACACACACACACACUCUCUCCAAAUUUUUUGUUUGCCACAAGAUGUAUGUUUCUCUCUCACACUAUCUCUUUCUCCACAUUUUCUCUGUCGCUUCCUUUCUCCUCAUUUCGAUUUCUGUCUUUCUCUCACACACUCUGUCCAUAUUGUUCUCUGUGAAUUUCUUUCUUUCUUUUUCUCUCACUCUGUAUCUAUCACCCUAAACUUCGUUUUCCGUCUGUGUCUUCCAUUCUCUCUCACUUUUUCUCUCUCUCUCUCUCUCUCGUCAUUUUUCUCUGUCUGUCUUUCUGUAUCCUUUUCCCUUCAUUUGGUCCUCUGUCUCUCAAGUACACACUCUCUCUCGUUACUUUUUCUUCUCUUUCUCUCCCCCUCUCUCUAUAAUUUGAUCUCUGACUAUCUUUUUCUCUCUCUAUUUCAAAGUCUCACUAUUUUCCUCUCAUUCAUUCGCUCUUCCCAUUUUGUUCUCUGUCUGUCUGUCUCACUCUUUUUUGGCCCGUCGAUCUGUCUGUCUGUCUCUCUGUCUCACACCCUUUCUCUCUCAUUGACUGUGUGUCUGGUCUGCGAUAAUUUUCAUUCGUUUCUGUUUACCAUUUCACACUCGAACUUGAUCAAUGUAUGCAUGUAUCUAUCUAUCUAUCUAUCUAUCUAUCUAUCUAUCUAUCUAUCUAACCACAGAGGAAUAUUCCUUUUUCAAUGA